AUGUUGGCACGGCAACUCCUUGCUUCCAGGCGCCCCCUCCGGUCCGUCGUGUUGCGUGUACCCGCCACGACACACGCGCGUUUCCUUUCUGCUCCCGUUUUUCCUGAGGACCAUGAGGAAGACGAGGAGGUCAUGAGUGGCGGCGAGCCCUCGGGUUCCGGAUACGAUACGCUUGACACGUACUUAAUGACACUUAAGAAGUACAACCCGCCGAUUAAAACGGGUCUGAAGGGACUCAAUUUGGUGCACGAUCCGCUGUACAACAAGGGCACCGGUUUUCCACACGUCGAACGGGACCGUCUUGGUUUACGUGGUCUGGUGCCGCCGCGUCGGCUGACGGUGAAAGCGCAGCUGACGAAGGUGUACGACACGUUCUCGCAAGAGAAGGACACGCUCAGCAAGAGCCGCUUCCUCACGGAUCUGCACGACCGUAAUGAGACACUCUUCUUUCGUCUCUUGAUCAAGCACAUGAAGGAAAUGGCCCCCAUUGUGUACACUCCGACGGUCGGGUUGGUGUGCCAGAAGUUCGGCCACUUGUUUCGCCGCCCACGUGGGAUGUUCUUCAGCACGCGUGAUCGCGGCCAAUUUGGCGCGAUGGUGCACAACUGGCCUUCUGAUGACGUGGAGGUGAUUGUAGUCACGGACGGCAGUCGUAUCUUGGGACUCGGUGAUCUUGGUGCGAACGGUAUGGGGAUACCCAUUGGGAAACUGGCACUGUACACGGCUGCUGGUGGCAUUGAUCCACGCAAGGUGCUUCCAGUGAUGCUUGACACGGGCACCAACAAUCAGAAGCUUCUCGAGGAUCCGUACUACCUUGGUGUGCAGCAGCCGCGUCUAACUGGCGAGGCUUUCUGGUCGAUGGUGGAUGAGUUCAUGCGUGCUGUGCGUCACCGGUGGCCUAAGGUGUUGGUGCAGUUUGAGGAUUUCUCAAGCGAGCACGCUGCAGACGUGCUGAAUGCGUACCGCCUCAAGCAGCUCUGCUUUAACGAUGAUAUCCAGGGAACGGGUGCUACAGUGCUGGCUGGCGCUUUGAGUGCGUGCGAGCGUGUGCAGAUUCCGUUAAAAGACCAGCGUAUAGUUAUUCUUGGUGCAGGAAGUGCAGGACUCGGUGUGGCUGCCACGCUGCUCCAGGGCAUGCUGCGUGAAGGCAUGACGGCGGAUGAAGCUCGCAAGCAGUUCUAUAUUCUCGACCAGUACGGGUUGCUAGGCGAGUCUCGCGAGAUGCUGAACUCGGGCCAGCAGUUCUUUUCGCGCAGCGAUAUUGCGGAUAAGACGAGUCUGGUCGACGUGAUUAAGCAGGCGAAACCCACGAUGCUCAUGGGUCUAAGUGCCGCUGCAGGUGCAUUUACGCAAGAGGCGGUCGAAGAAAUGGCGAAGCAUGCAAGGCAACCGAUCGUGUUCCCGCUCUCGAACCCCACCUCGGUGGCGGAGUGCACAGCCGAGCAGGCAUACGAGUGGACCAAGGGCAAGUGCGUCUUUGCCAGCGGCAGUCCAUUCCCGCCUGUCAUGUACGACGGUGUGCAGAACAUCAUCAGCCAGUGCAACAACAUGUUUAUCUUCCCGGGUGUCGGUCUUGCUGCGUCAGUGAUUCAAGCGACCCGCGUGACAGAUGGCAUGCUCUAUUCUGCUGCGAAGGCGUUGUCGCAGUGCAUGUCACCGGAAGAGAUCGCGAGUGGGCAGGUCUUCCCGUCUGUGGAGAACAUCCGUGACGUGUCGCUCAAGGUGGCCACAGCUGUCUGUGAGACUGCCCUUGAGGAAGACGUUGCCGGUCUUCGACCAACGAUCCGCCGCGGUGCAACACUCGAAGACUUCGUCGCUUCCAGGAUGUACUACCCGACGUACCAUGCGUUGGUCGAGUAA